CUUCUCUGUCUUCUUCGACAAGCAGGGACCGUGCUGGAGCUGAGAUUCAGUAACCAGUUGGAUUGUUGCCGAUUCUCCAGGCAUCUCGUUACAGCAAAAUGAGGACGAAUCCUGAGUGGAAGAUUGGUGAGGGCAGGCGUCUGUCAUUUUGGCUCGUGCUGAUCGUUGUGAGUCUUUGCAGUGUGCAGUUCGUCGCUGUUUCAGGGAAUUCAGACCACCACGACAAGGAUUCUCCCCCGCCUCCAGUCCGGGAGAGGAACCCUCCUCCUCCUCCGGAAAAGUCUCCUCCGCCGCCUCCACCGAAAGACAAAUCUCCUCCCCCUCCAGUUAAGGAAAAAUCUCCUCCUCCUCCGCCUUCUCUUAAAGAUCAGUCCCCACCACCUCCAGUUAAGGAGAAAUCUCCUCCCCCUCCACUGAAGAAGGAGUCUCCUCCUCCGCCUCCUCCCCGAGCUAUGCUGAAUACUCCUCCACCUCCUCCGCCACGUAGACGGGACGAUGAUGACGGAGACAAGGAUGACGACGACGAGGAUGACGAUGACGACAAAGAUAACGGUGAUGACGACAACGAAGAGGACGAUGAUGACAAGGAUGAUGAUAAUGAUGACGGCGACAAAGAUGACCAUGACGACGACAAAGACGAUGACGACGAAGACAAGGAUCACGACGAUUAGAGAAGUCCCAUUGCGUGGUUUCGUCGGUAAUUCGCACGAGGUGAACUUCCCAAUCCACCGAAUGGUACCAAUUGUUGCUCCAGCCACGGUGAAACGUGACGGACAUCGUGGUGUCGAUUUUUAUGAUCUCUAGACAUCUGAAGGACCUGCUCAUCAUGCUCCGGUUUCCGAGUGGUGUACUAUGAGGACCCUGGAAUCUGCAAUGAACUAGAAACCUGAAUUUCUGUGAAUGCCAUCGAUUAUGAAACUGAAAUGUUCCGCACAGAAAUACAAUAAAGUCUGUGAUAGGGAUCUGCCUGGGCAGGAAUCUUUUACUUCCAUCACGAAAUUAAUGUAAAGACUCUACGUAUGCUCUGAUGGAAAUCCCCAUCUGCGACAUAUGCAAUGGAGCUUGCAGUAUAUUC